UGCCCCUUCAUCCCUCCCCCCACAACAUAACGUGGAGCUGUCGGGGUCCGGUUUGUUGGAGCGGUUUGUCAUCAGGAGCAUUGCAGCACAUUUGGAGACGGCAGAGGCCAGAGGUUCUUCGCUCUUCAUCAGGGCCUCAGCCCACUGAGUUCAGCCUCAUCAGAGCAGGUCACAUCUCACCUCAUCUCAGCAUGUCUAAAAAGAACGAAAACCCAGCGGAGGGCAAAGAGCCCGAGAGCAGCUGGAAAGACGCGAUCUUCAAUCCAAGAACUGGAGAAUUCUUCGGUCGGACCGCGAGCAAUUGGGGCCUCAUCCUCCUCUUUUACUUGGUCUUCUAUGGCUUCUUGACUGCCAUGUUUGUCUUCACUAUGUGGGCAAUGCUUCAGACGCUGAAUGACGACACGCCAAAGUAUCGAGAUCGGGUUGCGUCCCCAGGGUUGGCUAUCAGGCCAAACUCUUUGAAUAUAGUUUUUAACAGAUCAGAACCUCUUGGAUAUGGCCAGUAUGUCCAGCAUCUUGAAUCGUUUCUGCAUCAGUAUAAUGACUCAGAACAGGCCAAAAAUGACUUGUGUAUGGCGGGUCAGUACUCUGAGCAGGAUGAGGAACCUCAGAAGAAGGUGUGUCAGUUCAGGAGGAGUUUACUCCAGCGUUGCUCUGGGAUGGAGGACACCACUUUUGGCUAUGCUAAAGGACAGCCCUGUGUUAUUGUUAAGAUGAAUAGGAUCAUUGGUCUAAAGCCAGCUGGGGAUCCAUACAUCAACUGUACAUCAAAGAGUGGGAAACCUCUCCAGAUGCAGUAUUUUCCCCAUGAGGGGACUAUUGAUAGGAUGUACUUUCCUUACUAUGGGAAGAAAACACAUGAGGGUUAUGUUCAGCCUCUGGUUGCUGUAAAGCUGUUGCUUAAGAAGGAAGACUACAACUCUGAGCUGUUUGUAGAAUGCAAGGUAGAGGGCUCCAACCUCAAGAACAACGACGAGCGUGACAAGUUUCUCGGUCGCGUCACCUUCCGGGUUCUGGUGACCGAAUAACGCAGCUUCUGGUACAGACGCUGAAGGGAAACUUGCACUACUUCUCUCCCUUUCAUCCCUGUCCUCCUUUUAAACCCCCACUGUAUGUCCUGCAUGUCCUCAGCAGGUCUCAAGGACCUAACUUAACUCUCCACAGACAGGCAUGACUGAUUGAUUUCUGUUAAUGAAUCCCACUCACCGUGUCUUCACAGGAUCCCUGUUUAGUCUUCUGUCUAGCACCGCCUCCUGCUGAAGACAUGAGUGUCUCUGAACAUUUAAUUGUACUCAAACCCUGGCCCUCGCAUUCCCUAGAUGUUUUGAAUUCUUUAACGUCAUUACGUUGUACUCUUAAAGGGGUUUUGUUUACAUUGUGAUCGAAGAGAUAAGUUAGUUGAUAUCUAAAUCCUUAGCUGGUGUUUUUGUGUUUGUGUUGCCCGGUGUGAAUAUAUUUAAUGAUCGUAUUGUCAUAUUGCUAGAAGAUUUAUGAAAAAAAAGAAAAGAAAAAAGUGGCAUUAUUUGACACACUGUUGAAAUAUGAACUACGUAAAGAGCCACAUUUGUAACCUAAAUUAUUUUCAUAACCUCUGCAUGGAUCCUCGUUCAUGCAGAUGCCUUAAGAGCCAUUUAACAUCUUGGUACAAAUGCUAUUUUGACAAAUAAAAAGAAAACAAAUAAGUGGUGGUUGUAGAUUGUCUGUAAUAUCCUGGAUGUACCACAGGAUGGCGUUAGGAUAUAAUGUUGUCUAACAGUAACUUUUUUUUCUUACAAAUUACAGUUGUGUUGAGUAGCUUUUUUUGCAUUUACAUUUGAACUCAUUCUCUUACUACACUGAAUCAUGUGUUUGGCGUCAUAUGUUAUAUACGUUUAAUUUAAACAUGUCACAGUGCUCAACCAAACAUAGCACUGUGUGUUCCUGCCAACAGCUAUCAAUAAAUCAGCAGUUUGCGUCAACCGA